AGAGAGAGAGAGAGAGAGAGAGAAUAUGAGUGAUCAAGGAAGAGAGGAGAUGGAGAGGGAGUCAGAGAGAGGGUACGAGAGGGGGCCUCGAAAUGAUAGAUAGGAGGACGGGAUACCACGGACCCCUUGCGACACCGUUGCUUCAGUUUCAGUUCGCGAUGGAGGCUACUUACUCCUUUUAGCUGGUAUCAUCGUGAUUUUUCUGUUCAUGAAGAGAGAGAGAAAGAGAGAAAAAGAGAGAGAGAGAGAGAGAGAGAGAGAGAGAGAGAGGCAGAGAGAAAGAGACAAAGAGAGAGACAGAGAAACAGAGGAGAAGAUAAGGGUUGUUACCAGAGGGUGGUUGGUACCACGUGACUGGGAUUAAGUAAACGCGUUUGAGAAGAGGAUAUCUAUAUAUAUAGGAGUACGGUGGCAUGAAUUAGUUUUGAAGAUUUCUCAAAGGAUUACCUUAGUUAAGGGGUGAAAAAAGUGAUUCUUAAGAGAAUCGUUGAAACAGAAAAAGAGGAAGAGAAAGGCCCUGAUCGAUACGUUGAGUCAACACGGAGGUGGCCGGAUGUUGGACGGUGCAGUGAUUCGAUUGAUUCGCUGAAGAGUGUUCGUGGCUUCCACCGAACUUCCGAGUGCCGCGUUAAAUGCGUGCGCGUAUGCGCGUUCAUGCGACUCGUCGUAUAGUAACGCCGGUUGUACAAUAUACCGCGGUAGCUUCUGUCACCAUCGCACACGACCACACACUGAAGAAACUCCACCUGAAGGAAAAGGAUAGCAAGAAAUAAAAGGGUUGAGAGAGAGAGAGAGAUAGAGAGAGAGAAAAAGAGAAGGAGAGAGAAAAAAGGAAAGAGAGAGAGAACACAGGUAGUUGUGGUGGUAUUGUUGGUUGUGGUGGUCGUGGUGGUCGUGGUGGUCUAUCAAGACGCGAAGAAGACCGAUGUUUCGUAUCGUUAUAGAAACGACAUUUGAAGAUUCUUCGAGAAAAGCGGAAGAGCGACGAACGGGCUUUGCUUACGUUGGAACUGAGGAACGAAGAGGAGAAAGAGGAGGAAGAGAAGGAGGAGAAGAAGGUGGUAGUGGAGGUGGUGGUGGUGGUGGGUGUCGGCAGCCACCGAGACAACGUCAUCGAAGAUGAUGCAGGAGAGAAUCAGAAGAGUGUCGGUCUUCUCCGGUAAUGGUUGAUUUGUAGAAGCCGCUUACGUAUAAAAAGAAAUGCACGCGUUUUUUGAUCAUUGUGCGAACAGGACAGCUCAGCUCUUGACUAGGCACCAAUCGGAAAUCGACUUUGUCUUAACUCGAGAUCCUUAGCGCGUGCGCGCGCGCAACUCUCGAUCCUUCAAGUUCGAUUUUUUCUUAUAUAUAUAUAUAUAUAUAUAUAUAUAUAUAUAUAUAUAAAUAUAUAUAUAUAUAUAUGCACACACAUAUAUAUAUACGUAUCUUUGCAUAUAUCUGACACGUGGAAGCAGUGCAACAACGACAACGACGACGAAAAAGAGAAAAAGGAAGAGGAAGAAAAAGAAGAAGAGGAAGAGGAAAAGGAAAAGGAAGAAGAAGAAGAAGAAGAAGAAGAAGAAGAAGAAGAAGAAGAAGAAAGACGAGGACGACCUCGACAGACGACACUUUGAUUCACCAAGCAUAAAGCUCAGCCAACCGCGUAUUACACGUCAUGAGAUAUCGCGAGUGAGAAAAAGCAAAAAUGACCGAAGUGACCUUCCUUUCUCCUAAUUAAAGCAGUCGGUGAGUUUACGUUGGAAUUAGAAUUACUUGUGUUUGUUCUUUUUUUUUGUUUUCCUUUUUUCUUUUUGAUGAGUGUGAAGUGCAUUCUCAGAUACGGCAUCUCGCAACUCGUUAGUGAGAUCGAUCUAAGAAGAGAUUAAUUUUUUAUUUGAUGAAUUUCGAAUUCUCUACGAGAUGUUUCGUUUGAUCUUACGUAUUGAAAUUAUCACGGUGGGUAUCAUCGAUAGAAAUAAAUAAGAGGGAAGAUAGUGGAUUAUGGGAGAAUGAGCAUCGAUCGACGUUUGUUCGUAGAUCGUCGUCUCAAAGCAAGAAGUAGAAGAAGAAGAAGAAGAAGAUACAUUCGUUCUUGCGUAGAAGAAGAGUAUCUCGAAAGUAGACGAGACCGAGCAUUGAUCAGACGUGAUAGCUAACAGCGUUCGGAGCUUCCCACGGGUUUUUUAAUUCUUGAUAAAAGAGUAUAAAAGUUUGAUUUUUCUUAGAAUUCGAAAUGAGAGAUAAAAGGCAAGAGAGAUUUCGAAGGAACUUGAAGUUUUUUCUAAAUUCGAGACGUUCCCUCGACUUUUUUACAGUGAGUGCUUUAAAAAAAAGCUGAAAAAAGUGUUUCCUUCUCGAUAGAGAAGAUAUCGUAGAAAAAAAAAAAAGAAAGAAAAAAAAGAUAGAAGGGAGAGAGAGAGAAAGAGAGAGAGAAAGAAAAAGAGAGAGAGAAAGAGAGAGAGAGAGAGAGAGAGAGAGAGAGACAAGAAAAACGAAAAUUGUUCGAAUCGUGUGGCCAUCUUCGGUAUGAGGAUGAGCUACGGCGGUCAUGCCGUGUAAUUCGAAGGGACACCACGUGAACCACGUCUCAUCGUGCCGAGCUAUCCUCGCCGUUGUCCACGUCGUCGUCGUCGUCGUCAUCGUCACACUGACGCUGUUGAAGCGCGACGGAGUGCCAGCAGCGUUGGAAAGAUGAGCUCGAUCGACUUCGACGAGGUGCUUUUACACGUGGGAGAGAAGGGCCGAUAUCAAAACAUCAUGUAUUAUCUCCUAUGUAUACCUGCAACUCUUCCGGCUGCUUUCCUGGCCUUCUCGCAAGUGUUCGUGAGUGCCUCGCCAGAACAUUGGUGUAAAAUACCAGAAUUGGAGAACUUGACGGGUCUGAUGACCUUGGAAGAGAAGAAAGCUCUAUCUUUACCAUACUCUAUGAAGUCGGACGGUAGGAGAGUUUAUUCGAAAUGUCAAAUGUACGACGUCAAUUAUACAGAGAUCAUCGAAUCGUGGUUGCGACGUGGGAUAUCGCAAAAUUCUAGCAACACGAUGGACUCGCAUUCGACCACGUCACCUUCCUCGACAUCUUCCUUUCAUCCCACGAACCGAUUACCACCACCUCCUGUCAGUGAUCCUUAUUGGCCAGUCAACAAAUGCCAACACGGUUGGAUUUAUGAUAACAAGGAUUAUGACAGCACCCUCGUCACAGAGCUAGACCUGGUAUGCGACAACAGUUGGUGGCCUUCAACGUCAACGACAUUUUUCUAUGUUGGGAGCCUCUUUGGUAAUGUUGUCUUUGGAUGGAUAGCAGACAAAUGGGGUAGAAGAACAGCCUUCUUCGCCAUUCUCUUCUUAGAAGUUAUCUUCUCAAUUGCUACAAGCUUCAGUCCUAACUAUGUUAUCUACACGGCGUUGAGGACGGUGAAUGGCCUCUUUUUUCCUGCUAUUUAUCAGAUACCUUUUAUACUUGCUUUAGAAUUAAUGGGUCCAAGAUAUAGGACUUUUGCUGGUAUGGUGAUCUGUAUGUUCUUCGCUAGUGCAAUGUGUCUUCUUGCACUUUUGGGUUACUUGUUAAGGCAUUGGUACACAUUGUCAUUAGCAACGUCGGUACCCUUUGUACUUCUCUUCAGUUAUUACUGGAUCAUUCCUGAAUCUCCAAGAUGGCUUCUAAGCAAGAAUAGGAUAGACGAAGCAGAGGUGAUCGUUCAGCACAUGGCCAAAGUCAACGGUAGAACGGUACCGUCCAACUUUCUGAGGCAAAUGGAGGUUGAAAUAAUGAAGAGACAAGGUAUCUCUUGCAACGGAAAAAACACCGGAAACGUAUUAGAUAUUGAAGCGGAAAACAGGUCGCCCCCACCUUCCGCAACACCGAUGGACCUCAUCAGAAAUCCAAAUAUUAGAAAGAAAUUCUUUAUUCUUGCCUUCGAUUGGGUAGCAAAUGCUGUCGUCUAUAAUGGAUUAUCUUAUAAUACGACAAACCUUGGGGUCUCUGAUUACCUGGCCUUCUUCAUCGGUGGUAUCGUGGAGAUCCCAUCAUACGUGAUUACAUGGUACGCCAUGGACAGGUUGGGUAGACGAUGGGUCUUAUGUUUAACAAUGCUCCUAGGUGGAGUUGCCUGCGUCUCUUGCAUGUUCGUGCCCGAAGACGCUGUUUGGGUGACGGUAUGCUUGGCGAUGAUUGGAAAAUUUGGCAUCGCAGCUUCCUUCGCCGUUUUUUACGUGUUCGUUGGUGAACUUUUACCAACGGUGCUAAGGUCACAAGCGAUGGGAAUCGCCUCUUUCAUCGCUGGUAUCGGCCUACUCACCUUUCCUUACAUCGUUCAUCUUGCUGUCUACUCCAGAGUAUUACCAUUGAUCAUAAUGGGUUCUUUGAGUGUAGCCGGUGCUCUUACGUCCGUCUUCCUUCCGGAAACACUCAACAUACACUUGCCACAGACGAUCGAGGAAGGUGAACUCUUCGGCGCCGAUUUUAAACUUUGGUCCUGUCCAAUAAUACCAAAGAAAGAUGCAAAAAGAAAAUCAGAAUCUAUGCCACUUAGAUAUCUGCUAAACGGAAAACCAGAAAGAAUUUCGGCGGCAACAAAAAUGGCGGAAACAGAAAAGGAAAGUCAAGAAGCGGAACUAACGAAACCGAUAAAGGAUGACAUAGAAAAGGAUAAGGAUGAUGUAGAAAGAAUAUCUGAGUCGUCAAACGAAGAGAUAGAUCGUCUGAGAAAAAUACAAUGAGGACGUUUUUCUCUUUUGUUCUUUUUUUUUUUUUGUUAUUCCUAAAAUAACAAAGCUUCCUACAAUUUCGUAUUAUAAUUUGCCUCGGUAUAGGCACACGCAUUGUAUUUAUUUUUCCAUUUAUAUUAUAUAAUGCGUUUCAUUUGUAAAGUCUGUCCCGUGUGCCUGUCGUUUCUCCGUUUACAAAGAGAUCGAUCGAUUUGUCGAUCAUCUUCGAUACAAAGAUCGAUGUCUGUUGUUUUCAGAAAGAAUGAACUGAGAUCGUACGUUCAACAAAAUAAAAGAAAAAAUGAAAAAAAAAAAAAAAACUAGAGGGACUUCGCGAUAUUAUACUAAUAUAAUAUUAAAACCGCAGUUAUUAUUAUUUAUCGUAAAUAUCGAUGGAAAUUGUCGAAGAAUGACUCGGUUUAUUCGCG